AUGUCAAACUUACGUAAACAAAUCCUUUCGAAAACUCUUCCGCCGAUUGGGCCGAGAAAAGCAUCAUCAGAUGCAACAAAAAAGUCUCCAUCAUCAACUCGCAACUACACUCCGAUGAACUGGAACACUUAUUUCGAUGAUAAACAUCAGAUCCAAAUCGAUGACAGCACUUUUUGCGUAUAUUCACGGAAUACAACUGAUCCUUCGGCACCUGUGCUAUUCUUUUUACAUGGCGGUGGCUUUUCUGGCUUGAGUUGGGCAGUUCUUUCUAAAGCAGUUACAGAUCUCGUCCAAUGUCAAUGUGUUGCAGUUGAUAUUCGCGGACAUGGAGAAACGAAAACCACAGAUGAAAAUGAUUUAAGUAUUGAAGUUCUUACGAAAGAUAUUUCUCAGAUUUUACAUCACUUGUACAAAGAAGAAAAUAAACCACCGAUCUUUCUCAUCGGACAUUCAAUGGGUGGUGCACUGGCUGUUCAUGUAGCAAAAGAAUGUCCAACAAUGAUUGAUGCACUUUGUGUUAUCGAUGUUGUUGAAGGAAGUGCAAUGGAGUCGUUGAGUUCGAUGCAAUGCUUUCUUAGCUCAAGACCGAAGCAAUUCUCAACUCCUCAACAAGCUAUUGAAUAUAUGGUUCGGAGUGGUCAAGUGCGAAAUCUUGACUCAGCUCGUGUUUCUAUUAUUGGACAAAUUCAACCGAUCGAUUCAGUAGAGACAACUUCACCCUCAAGUUCAGCAUUACCUGUUGUUUCUCAUUCAUGUGAUACUGUUCAAGAAGAAGAUGAAGAUUCGGAAGGAAAUGAGCCAGAAACGACACAAACGACAUCUUCCGCUUCAGCAAUAAGCACUUCAAGUGACCCGAAAAAAUAUACAUGGAGAAUUGAUCUCUCCAAAACCGAACGAUUUUGGCAAGGAUGGUUUACCGGUUUAUCCAAAUUAUUCUUAUCUUGUGAGUGUCCGAAAUUGCUUCUUCUAGCCGGUGUUGAUCGUCUUGACCGUGAUCUAACCGUCGGUCAAAUGCAAGGUAAAUUUCAAAUGCAUGUCGUUCCAAAAAGUGGCCAUGCCGUUCAUGAAGAUGCUCCCGAGCAAGUCGCUGAAUGUAUUGCUUCAUUUCUUGUCCGACACAAACUAGUUCAACCGGUCGACGAAAGUUUUCACGGAACAUUACCCGGAUGUUGA